GCGCUCACCACGCAUAUACACACUUACACACACAUAUCAUGCCGUCCUUUUUCCUUUCACUCUUUUUCUGACUUUUCUAUAAACGCUAUUACGCAAAAAACCCCCAAAAAAACAGAUUAAUUUUGAAAAAUAGCAGCACAUACCAAAAGAAAGAAAGAGCUGCUUCAUUGGGAGACAUGGACGCAUCACCCUCAGCAAAAAAGGCGGCAAUGAGUAGCAGCUCUAGUAGUACCAGCAGCAACUCUGGCACUUUUUCUGCUCCAGCUAUUGCUGCUGCUGCCACUACCUCCUCUGACGCUAAUAUGGGGCAAUCUGCGGACCAUUCAAUGCAAGCAAUGAAUAACAGUCGUAACAAUAACAACACCAGCAAUGACACGGAUGCCAGCAACAAUAAUGAUCAUGAUCGGUCCGACCCAGUUGCCGGUCGACCUGCGCCUCACCGAGUUCGUCUGUUCUUCCUAUCGGGUGCGUGGAGCCGUGUAUCACGAGCGGACCGCGUACUAGUGUUAGCAAAUCUAACGAUUACUAUAGCACAGCUUGUGAGCAUUAUCACCGUCCUCGUAGUAUCUAGAAAUCAAGGUUGUGAUAAGCCGUUGGAUGUCUUUUUGAUCGUGUAUCUCUUGCGAUCUGUUGCAAACACGCCAUUGGUCGUCUACCAUUACCUUCGUCCUGGAAAUAACCUUCAGCAGCAACAAUCCUCUUAUGCGAAUGCUACUACUGCUGCUACUGCCACUACUACUACAGCCAACACCGAGUCAACAAGUACCGCUGGAGAUGGAGUAGUAUAUUUGGCACGACCACCUCCUCCACCUGCGCCCCCUACAACGAACACAAAUGCUGCAACUGUCGACACGGUCAUGCCAGCAAGGCGGAAUUGGACAGAUCGCUUGAGAUCACUAUUGGAUAUAUUCGGGAUCGUCUGGUUUAUUAUUGGCAAUUACUUUCUGUUUACAUCCGGCCAAUGUAUCCAGGGGGCACCUUCAUUGUUUUAUACCACCCUCGUCUGGAUCCUACUUGGCUACCUGCUCGUACUGAUACCCUUGUUCCUGUGCAUUUCCGUCAUUUUCUGUCUUCCAUGUGUGCUAGUACUGAUGCGAGCAUUACGACUGGGUUAUGCAAGUGGGCUUGUGACGGGUGCAAGCAAGGAGGAAAUUGAUAAUGUGCCUGUGUAUAAGUACAAGAGCAACGAACCACAAGAAGAAGUAUCAUCCUCCAUCACAAACAGUUGUGACAACACAUCCAGAUCUUCUUCUUUCUCAUCACCACGACAGCAACAGCAGCAGCAGGAGCAACAACAAAAACAGCAACGGAAAAAACGACGAUCCAUUUUCCGAUGGUUUUUCAUGCGACGACCCAAACAACAAGCAGACACCGAACGUAACUAUGAUCCCAUUACCAUUACGCCUGCUGAAGACGCUGUCUGUUCCAUCUGUUUAUCCGAAUAUGAACAAGACGACCUAGUGUGCAAACUAUGGUGUGGUCAUCAUUUCCAUAAAGACUGUGUUCAUGAAUGGCUUGCAUUGAACUCAAGCUGCCCCUUGUGCAAACGCGAUUUCAGAACAAAAGCGGAUUCAUAGUAUCGCUUGUGCAGCCACCACCUUUCCUAGCCCAGAUCAUUUUUACUAACUUUAAAAAAAAAUACUUGUUUACAUUCA